UUUCCUUUGUUCUAUUAGCUACAUUAUCUGAGCACCAGGCGUGCCAUAACUGUCUACCCCGGCGGGCACUCUCACAAACCAACGACACUACCCGAUCUAGACGAAAUCUACUCGUGUAGAAGCUCUUCUCAUCGUCCUUGGCAUCAAAAAUCAAACAUUAUAUACCACUAUCCAACAUCAUCACCAACUUUCAGCAACAGCAUCUAGUCAUGAAGCGCUCUUCUUCUAGUGCCUCUGCUCCGUCGGCACUCAACAUCAGCACCACCGGGCCCGUCACAAGCCCUAUUACCUCGCCCAUGUCUCUUGAUAGCUACCACGAAAUGAGGUACUCUUUCGAGUCUGAGACAACAGUGGCUCCCGUCAACAGCAGAAAGGAUUCGGGGAACAUGGCAAACUCUGCGGACCCAUCAAGGCCGCUACGGACAACCAAGUCUCACAACAAGCACGUCAACGCACACAGCUACUGUGGACGACAUUCGACCGAGUUUCUGUUUGGAGGCCGCUCCAUCAGGAACCUCUUCAGCAACCUUAAGCAUCGAAGGGACUCGCGCGAGUGAUCACCCAUUGCUCAUUGUUCUAGAGAGGAUCAAAGUAGGUGAAAGAACUCACCUCGGCUACGGGUUCGUCCGUCUGCACUGGCUGGAACAGGU